AUGGCCGCUCCCGCUCCCCUGCGUGACUGCCAGGCAUGGAAGGAUGCUGGGCUCCCACUCUCAACCACAAGCAACGAGGCCUGCAAGCUGUUCGAUGCUACCCUGACCCAGUAUGUCAAAUGGACCAACGACAGAAGUCUUGGUGGCAUUGAGGGCUGCCUGUCGAAGCUCAAAGCCGCGGAUCCAACCUUCGCCAUGGGUCACGCCAUCUCCAACGGCCUCGUGCUGAUCGGCACUGGAAGCUCCGUGCGGCUGGACGGGGAGCUGGACCGGGCCGUGAAGACAAUGGUGGAGGUUUCCCAAACACAGCCGCUGACGCAGCGGGAGCGGCUACACGUGUCUGCGGUGGAGACCUUUGCCAAGGGGAACUUUCCCAGAGCCUGUGAACUAUGGGAACAGAUCCUCUGGGACCACCCAACGGACAUGUUAGCCCUAAAAUUUUCCCACGAUGCCUAUUUUUACCUGGGCUACCAGGAGCAGAUGCGAGAUUCUGUGGCCCGAAUUUACCCCUUCUGGACACCCAGCAUCCCCCUGAGCAGCUACGUGAAAGGCAUCUAUUCAUUUGGAUUGAUGGAAACCAACUUCUAUGACAAGGCAGAGAAGCUGGCCAAAGAGGCUUUGUCUAUCAACCCCACGGAUGCGUGGUCGGUGCACACCAUUGCCCACAUUCACGAGAUGAAGGCAGAAAUCAAGGACGGAUUAGAGUUUAUGCAGUCCUCAGAAGCCCACUGGAAGGACUCUGAUAUGCUUGCUUGUCACAACUAUUGGCACUGGGCUCUUUAUCUGAUUGAGAAGGGCGAAUACGAGGCCGCCUUGACCAUCUACGAUAACCACGUCUUCCCCAGCUUGAAGGCCAGUGGGGCGAUGCUGGACGUGGUGGACAGCUGCUCCAUGCUGUACCGGCUGCGGAUGGAAGGGGUGUCUGUGGGUGAGCGGUGGCAGGAUAUCCUGCCUAUAACCCAGAAGCACAGCCGGGACCACAUCCUGCUGUUCAACGACGCACACUUCCUGAUGGCAUCCCUGGGAGCUCGGGACUCCGGGACCACCCAGGAGCUCCUGACCAGCCUGCAGGAUGCCAGCAAGGCUCCCGGGGAGAACUGCCAGCACCUCCUGGCCCGUGAUGUGGGGCUGCCCCUGUGCCAGGCCCUGGUGGAGGCUGAGAACGGGAACCCGGAACGUGUUCUGGAACUGCUCCUUCCCAUCCGCUACCGGAUCAUCCAGAUUGGGGGCAGCAACGCCCAGAGAGACGUCUUCAACCAGCUGCUGAUCCAUGCGGCCUUGAACUGCACAUCUGGUGUCCACAAGAACGUGGCGCGGAACCUUCUGACGGAGCGUGACGCCUUGAAGCCCAACUCACCCCUGACCCAGCGGCUCAUCCGAAAGGCCGCUGCCGUCCACCUCCUCCAAUGAGCUGGACCUGGCCCCCUCCCCAGCGUCGGUUCAGCUGGCCCCUGAACCCUGAGGUUAGAAGCAGCUAGAGUCUGUUAGUUAGGGCUGUUGAGUAAUUUGUGGCUUUAAGCAGAAAGCCCUGUAACCAGCAACAUUAUGGGAAGUAGGGACACAAAUCAAUUUUAGACAUGACUCAGAAUCUUGGAACCCUUUGUUCCAAGGGCCAAGGGCCAAGGCGCAUGUGCCAGCAGUUAGAGCCAAAGUGGGCAGCGCUGUUGCCACUUGCCUGGCAAACCGUUUUCCCAGGGGACUCUUACACCUCCUGGGUUGGGGUGGCUGGCUUGGCUGGGGGAGGGGAGUCCUCCCCUGGGGAACACUCUCGCCCCUGAGGCUGCCCCUGGGAUAAGCCCUCUCCUUUUGUCUUCCCCAUCAAAUUCUAGAUAUGUUGUCCCAUCUUUUGGGUGAGAGCACCCAUGGGGGGAAGUGACUUGCCCAGGGUCACAGCUACCAGAGGCCUUGAGAUUCACCUUGGACCCCCGAGCUGUGGCACCCACCCCCCCCAAAGCAGCACAGGCAUGUGGGGUGGCCCUCUCCUGUCUCUGGAGAAGUCCGUGGACUUCCCCAGGGGGCUCCGGUGGUGCCAAUUAAGGGACCUCGGGUAUGUGGCUUCCUUUGCCCACUAGGACUUGAAUCACAGGGGCGCACAUGCACUGAGCGGGCACACUUUCUGGGGGUUGUGGACUGAACUUAGGGUUGCCCUGUCCUGGCAAAAACCAAAGUCCAUGGAGCUUUACUGAGAUCUGAGCCAGUUUUCUGUUUCCCCAUCUUAACAUGGCCCCAGAGACACUCCUGAGCAAGCUGCUGAUUUCACUGGAAUGUACUUGUGAGGGGCGAUCCCCACCUCUAGAUGUUUCUCAGGUUCCUUCAGUGUAGGCUGAGAUUAGAUAGGGACUCAGGGAGGGGCAGUGGAGGCCUCCAAACUGAUUAGACAAAUUUCUGACAUUAAAAUAAAUUAGUUAAUUGGUUCCUUUGCCUGUGCUGGCGGCACCUUUCAUCAUCUCCCACGUGCCAGGCUGGGUCCUGGGGAGACAGGCUUCUCCUUGAACUUGGGCAUGGGGGCGGGACAUUGAGUCCAGAAGAUGGGUAGUUACAAUAGGAUUUCGAGAGAGGUGCUCUGUCCAUCCAGGAGCUAGGGACACAGGCCAGAGGGGAGCCUACCCUUCCAUCCUGAGCUGUCCCCUCUUGUUACCUGCCCACAUUUCAUCUGCCCUCCCCUCUCCUGGUUCCAAGGAGGAUACAACUUGGCCAGUGAAGCCAGGAACCCUGAUCCCUCCUUGGGGAAGCCCUCCUCGAACCCACUGUAGGCUGGCGAGGGUGCCCACAGGGCUGUGGGGAUCCGGGCCAAGCACCCUCCCAACCUCCUGUUGCAGUCGCCUUGUGAUUGAGUCAGGCAAACAGAGGCCUUCGGACCAUCGACAGGGCACGGGCACCCCCAAACCAGCUGCUACCCUCAGGAGGCCCUGCUAAGUGGUGGGAAGCCUGGAGCUCCUGGGCUGGGGGGCCCAGCAAAGCCAGCGUGCUCAAGGGUGAGCAGGACCCCAGAGAGGCAGCUGGGAGAUGACCUAACCCAGUGCCCUCCUUCGAGCCCCUCUUUCCUGGACUUCCCGGUUCCUCAAGUCAGUUAAUUCUCCUCUUUCUAAAGCCAGCCUGAAGCUGGUUUUGUGUUUCUUACAACCCAAAGGCUCUUGACAGAUACCUGCAGCUGGGUGUGCCUUGUACCACUUUUCUUCUCCAGUUAAGCAGAAACCUGAGCAAAAGACAAUGGAAUUCAUGGGGCGCCCUGGUGGCGCAGUUGGUGAGGGUCUAGCUCUUGUUUUCAGCUCGGGACGUGGUCUUAGGGUUGUG